AAACACUACUCGAGGCUAAAAUUGUUGAAAAAUUUGAUAGUUGAAAGUGAUAACGUAGUGGAGGUGUUCUUUCGUUUUUGUUUCAAGUAAUUUGUAAUUUUUAAUUAAAUUUAAUCACUGUUUGAUGUUCAUAUUAUCGCAUAAUUAUUUUCAAUCUUGCGUAACACCGCGGUAUUCGCUUCACAGUGCUAUGUUUUGAAAUCGAUUCGCAUUUUGGAAUUAGAAUUGACUCGUUUACAAAAUGUUGGACUUCCAACAAAUUGAAGCCCCUGAUUUGAAUAUAUACGCAUUUUUACAAAACGUUGAUUGGUAUGAUCCUUGGCUUGUGAUUCUCAUUUUAUUUCAUAUUUCAAUCACUGUGAUAACAUUUGCCACCAGAAAUCGCAAUAAUUUUCAAGUUAUUUUGUUUCUCUUUUUAUUACUCUUGGUCUACUGUUCGGAAAAUAUCAAUAAGGUUGCAUCUGAUAACUGGAGGUUAUUCUCGAGACAGCAAUAUUUCGAUUCUAAUGGAUUCUUUAUAUCGUUGGUGUUUUGUAUCCCAAUAUUACUCAAUUGUAUGCUGAUGGUGGCUAAUUGGUUAUACAUGUCGAGGGAAUUAAUGACGCAAUUGAAAAUAGCUCAGUUGAAAUCGCAGUAUUAUUCGAAACAGAACGAAGCUCUCAAUACAACAAAACAUUCAUCUCGUUCGAAAAAAGACUGAUCUUUUUAUCGUGAAGUUAUAUUAUUCAGUGUACGAGUUUAAAUCGAGUUGUUCUUGCCAUCGAGCUAUUAUAAAUCAUACCUACAUUUUUAAAUUAAUAUUUUUCAAUUUAAAAUUCAGUUAAUUAUUUACCAGUCUUGCAGUUACCUACCCGUUUAUAAUAUUACGCGUGAUUUUUAUAUUAUGCAUCAACGUAACGUGAAAAAAUCAUGAACGAGUGUUUUUGUCUGUUCAGUAAUGAAUGAUCUUAUUUGGAUAUCAUCAAAGUGAAGUUUUAGUGUUCAAACAUAAAAAUAAAAAAUUCAUUUCGAUGAAAUGCAUUUUUCCUUAAUUUUUCUUCGAUUUGUAAACGAAUGCUAGUCGUUUAAAAUCACAAUUUUUUUUUUGUUUCUCGGAAUCGAUGUAAUCUUGAAUGUUUGUAUCGGUUAUGAUGUUUUCACAAUGUAAACUAAGAAUUAAUUACAGAUUUUUAUGCAUGA